AUGCCACCGAAAACUACGAUGGACUACGACGCUGCAGGAAGACAAACUGAGUCUACAUAUCCGUACACCGCAUCGAACAAUGUUUGCUCCGCAGCCAAGAAUCAGUACAACGGGCCUGUCAAGAUCAAAAUAAACGAGGGAACGAUCAUCAACAACAUCCGACCGGUGACAAACAAGACUUCGUACUACAUCACAGUUGUUCCCGAUGGACGAUUUCCCACUGGCACAUCAAGCCCUUCCGACAAGCGCGAUACGGAAAAUCCGGUUGAGGAGGAUAUUUCCCAUGGUUCAUCCAAGACAACACCCACUUCCGACGGUCGGCAGAUCUCGCUACCCAGCAGCGUUGACCAAGCCAAACAUGCACGUCUCCCGUAUUGGGUUGCUUGUUCUCCUCGCAUUAGCUGGUUAAGGACGAUCAUUCGCCAUUCAAGCCUGCGGGCUUACGGCCUUAUCUGCGGAUUUCUGAUGUGCUUGAUUUCCUACUAUAUCGGCACUCUACGUCACUCCGAAAGCAUUCGCUAA